UUGUGAAACAUGUCAAUUAAUUUAACGAAAAAUAAAGACGCUUUGGAGGCCGCUUGGCAGAACGUAGUCGACGAUAAGUCGUCUACUGACUGAUGCAUGCAUUACAAACAUCAUAAAACAGAUCAAUGAAACGGAUGUUAUUUAUAGGGCUGUAUUUGGAUAUGAAGGACAGAGCAACAACUUGAAAGUUGUUGGUACUGGAAAUGGGGGUUUAGAAGAAAUGAUUGAUCGUUUAGAUAGCAGUCAUAUCAUGUAUGCCUUUUGCCGAGUCAUAGAUACUAAAACCAGUUUGCCGAAAUGUCUUUUAAUAAAUUGGCAAGGAGAAGGUGCACCAAUUGUUAGAAAGGGUACUUGUGCAAAUCAUAUUAGAGACGUAGAAAAAUUAUUAAAAGGUGCACACAUAACAAUUACCGCUCGCUCUGAAGAUGAUGUUGAAGUAGAUUCUAUUAUGGAAAAACUUGCUAGAGCAACAGCUUCUGCUUAUAAAUUUAAUGAACCUCGUGGUGAAAAUGAGGGUAAUGCAGCUCCAGUCGGUACCACAUAUCGCAGAGUAAUUCCUGAACAAGAAAUAAAUGCAAGUGAACGCGAUCAAUUCUGGCAAAGGGAAGAAAUGGAAGAGAAAAAAAGACUUGAACAGGAACGCAUGAAAUGCGAAAAAGAACGACAGAGACUGGAAGAAGAAAUUAAAUCUAGAGAAGAAAAAGAGGCACUGCUUAGAGAACAGAAGGUCACUGCCAAAGAAAACUCAAUAGCGCGACAAAAAUUGGCAGAACAACGUGCUGAAGCCGCAAAUAAUUUACGUAAUCAACUAGCAGCAAGUCAACAUUAUAGCAAUGAUACUGAUGAUGAUCAUAAAUCACGAAGUGAAGAAUUAAGACGGCAAAGAAGCAAAGAAACGCAGCAAUUAAUAGCUCAAAGAACGAUAAAUGCGCGAGCCAUUUUUGAACAAAACUCCGCGGCUGGACAGAUGAAGUCCUCUUCGGUACAGCAACAAUAUGUACCGAAGAAUAGUCAUGUAGAAGCGACUAAAAGGGCAUUCGAGGAAAGUCAGCAACAGGAGUUAUCUCAUGCUGAAGAACAAGAGGAAACGAAAAUAGAACCGAACAAAACCCACAAUGUAGAUACUGCAGUGACCGCUACUCCAAAUAUAUCUUCAGCUCAAACACAGUCUCAGGAAACAAAAGUAGCAGAGGCACAAGAGGAACCUGAGCAAUCAUCAUUGAUGAAAGAAGUAGUUACUGAAAAUGAAUUAUAUAGCCAAAUGGAUGGUCAGUACUUGUAUUUUGAUCCGAACAAUGAAGGAAUGAAAGCAAGAGCCUUGUAUGAUUAUCAAGCAGCAGAUGAUACAGAAAUUACUUUUGAUCCUGGAGACAUCAUCACGCACAUAGAUGCAAUCGACGAAGGGUGGUGGCAAGGUCUUGGACCUGAUGGAACCUAUGGACUUUUUCCUGCUAAUUAUGUUGAAGUUAUCGAUUACAACACAACAUGAUAGGAAAUGCACUUGUGAAAAUAGAAUGUCCCUUUUUUAAUUAAAAAGACACUGUAUUUGCUUUUUGCAUAUAACAAGUGAUAUUCAGUAUUUUUGUGGUUCCGGUGACUGCACUGUUCUUUUAAUAAAAACGUUGGACGUUAUGUUUGUAGGUACUACAUAUUCCGAAAAAUGUAAAAGAAUGAAUUAUGUUUUAAGUAUUUAAUGCACAUUAUUCAAUAACGAAGGAAUUUCAUAUUUCUAAUAACGAGCACGCGAAAAACGAAUAUUGUUAAUAUUUUAGCGGACAAGAUAUUAAAAUGCGAAUAGUCUUACAAUGCCAGUUCAUAUAUAGAUGGCGAAGUACGUCUUCCCAUAUUCAACGUCACAAAUUAAGUAAAUUAGUGGCAAACAAUAUAUCUUUUUAUAACGUUCUACGUCGAAAAUCGGUGCGCUCAUAAGAAUGGAGUGUUAAACAAUUUAGCAAAUACCCUUAAAUACAUUAAACUUAUUUAGGAAUAUGUUUAAUUCUUUAAAUAAUAAAUUAAAUUUGUUAUAGUAUGUAUU